AGUGCCGACUCGGGUUGUGUAUUCCCUCUGACAAGCAGCUAUGGGAUUAGCAAAAUAGUUCAGAGAUGUGUCUAUCUCCUUGGUCACCUGUGAAAACUCUCUCCAUUGACCCCUUCUAUCACUGAGAUGGUGUUGUGGGAUUUGUAUGACACCUUCUUACAGGAGAAUGUUGACAAAUGUGGCGUUGAGUAGAGCUGGAAAACCAACUUGAGCUAACUCGCUAGUACGUUAGCAGGCUCGGCUCGACGACAUAAUAGGCUGCUGUGCUUCUGGGAACACGGUGUGCUCGUCGUGUCGGAUCAAACCAGCGCUAAUCGAGGAUAGUGUCGCUGAUUUCAGGUCGUAUCUUAGGUGUGCUCUGUUUUAUACCACUGCCGUUGUGGUGUAAUCAUCUGACCUGACCGCAGGAUGGAGUGAUACUAGCUUACUUGCUAGCAAGCGAGCAACAUAGCCAGUCCCCGGUGUGUUUGCAGUGUUAGCAGAGCACUGCUCUCAUUGCGUUGGCUAAAAAUACACACCGCUUGUCCCAUGCUCAGUGCGCCUCCAAAAGUGGUGGGCUAGACCAAAUUGGAGUUGUCUUCGGGUUUUCUGGUCACCUUGCUCGAAGUUUGGCACUCUACAUGGUCGCUACAGUGAAUUUAAGACGCCUGGAAGAGCGAGUCAGACUCCGAGGUUGUGAGCUCUGUUGGCCUGAUCUAACGUCACAUUGUAUCGGCUGGUGGCCUUCGGGUCUCCAAGUGAACCAAACUCGGCUUUCGAUGAUCGGUGGCCCAAUAUCAUUUGAGCCCAAUGGCCCUGUUCUGUAAUUAGUGGUACUAUAACGAGCCUUGGUCCAGCCCAGGGUUGCAAGACUGAAACUUUGUGAAGGUCAGAGAAAACCGCUUUGUGUCUGCUGUUAACUGUCUGAGACUGGCGAGGCAGACUUCAUCUGUCAGGAACACAGCACCAUGUCAGAGGAUAACAACGCAGACAAGUUCAUCAAGGAGACGUCCAUUCUAGACGAGUACAACAUAAACUGGACCCAGAAAUUGGGAGCCGGCAUCAGUGGACCUGUCAGAGUUUGUGUGAAGAAGUCCUCUCAGGAACGCCUGGCCCUGAAGAUCCUCAUUGAUCGCCCAAAGGCCAGGAAUGAGGUGCGUCUCCAUAUGAUGUGUGCCAACCACCCAAACAUAGUGCAAAUCCUGGAGGUUUACGCCAAUAGUGUCCAGUUCCCGCAUGAGUCCAGCCCGAGAGCGAGGCUCCUAAUUGUUAUGGAGAUGAUGGAGGGUGGCGAGCUGUUCCACAGAAUCAGUCAGCAUAGGCACUUUACUGAAAAAAUGGCCAGCCAGGUCACUAAACAGAUCAGUCAAGCCUUGGAACAUUGUCACUCCCUAAAUAUUGCACAUCGCGACCUGAAGCCAGAGAACCUGCUCUUUAAGGAUAACUCUCUGGAUGCACCUGUGAAGCUGUGUGACUUUGGCUUUGCCAAAAUUGAUCAAGGAGACUUGAUGACCCCUCAGUUCACUCCCUACUACGUAGCACCUCAGGUACUUGAGGCUCAAAGAAGACACCAGAAGGAAAAGUCUGGAAUUAUACCUACCUCACCCACUCCUUAUACAUAUAACAAGAGCUGUGAUUUGUGGUCUCUCGGUGUGAUCAUCUACGUGAUGCUGUGUGGCUAUCCCCCGUUCUACUCAAAGCACCACAGUCGCACCAUCCCAAAGGACAUGAGGAAGAAGAUCAUGACGGGCAGCUUUGACUUCCCUGAAGAUGAGUGGAGCCAGAUCUCUGAGAUGGCCAAGGACAUCGUACGCAAGCUGUUGAAGGUGAAGCCAGAGGAGAGACUGACUAUCGAGGGAGUCCUGGCUCACCCUUGGCUCAACUGCACUGAAGCCCUCGACAACGUGCUGCCCUCCGCCCAGAUGAUGAUGGACAAGGCGGUAGUCGCAGGUAUCCAGCAGGCUCAUGCAGAGCAGCUGGCCAACAUGAGAAUUCAGGAUCUGAACGUCAGCCUGAAGCCUCUAAACUCUGUCAACAACCCAAUCCUCAGGAAGCGGAAACUACUAGGCCCCAAGCCCAGUGACGGUUUCUUCAUUCAUGACCCAGAGAACGGAGGGGAAGACUCCAACGUUGCGCUGGAAAAAUUACGAGACGUCAUUGCACAGUGUAUUCUACCACAAGCUGGAGAGAACGAGGACGAAAAGCUGAACGAAGUGAUGUAUGAAGCCUGGAGGUUCAACAGAGACUGUAAGCAGCUGAGAGAUGGCCUGCAGGGGCUCAGCUGGGACGGACGAUCUUUCUCUGAUAAAGUCGACCGCUUGAAGUUGGCUGAAAUAGUGAAACAGGCCAUCGAAGAGAAGACGAAUCUUGAAGAAUCUCAUUAGCAAGCGCUGUCUUUCUAUCUUCUUUUAUAUUGUUUAUUAUGACCCUUUUUAACCCAUAUCUGUAAAGAGGCUUUUUUAUGUAAAAUGAUGUGCUAUUUUUUUUUUUUUUUUCAUGAAUCCACUUGCAAGACCUAAUGUACAGCUGUAGAUAUAUUUCAAAGAGGACUCAUUGGUACUAUAAUUUUUUUUAAAUGGACACUUGCAAAGAACAUUGAAAAAAACAACUAUAUUUUCAUUUUUGCAAAAAGAGAAAAGAAGAGAAAAAAAAUCAGUUAAAGAAAUUAUUUUCUGGGAGAGAAUUUUUAUUCGCUGUUUGUCCAAGGCGUCACGUGUUUUAUCCCAGUUAUAUCAUUUUAUUCAGUUUUAUUUUUCUUUUAACCAUCCUAAGAAUUUUAUUUAUUUAAACAAAGAAUUCCAUUAUUUUAUACCUUACUUGUAGCCUGGCAGUGGGCUCUAAAGUCGAGAGAAGCUGUCUACGAUGUGACUUUGUUCUUCCACACGCACUCUGAUUCUCAGACUGUGUUUAAAUUAUACGAAUCUUUGUUUUUGUGUAACUUUCCCUUGACCUUUGUUGUGUUGAGGUCAAGCCGAGUGGAAAUGGAGGUAAGAAAGUGUCGUGAAAUGGACAAAUGCAGCCCCAAAUUAUUUUUUUCACAACCCAUUUUUUUUAGACUGGUUGAAGAAAGUAGAUCAAAACAGACUCGGUAGGAAAGAACACUAUUGCUUGUUUAUAUCAAUGUUUUCUGACAAAGAAAAAAAAUAUCCUAAGGUCCACAUGCUUUUUUUUAAGCUUUUAAAGGAACACUUAUGACUCAAAAUGGCCUUUAUUAUAUCAGUUAUUCAUUGCGUCUUACUUUGAAUUCUUAAAGAAGACAUUGUUAUACUUGUUGAAGUAAAACAGAGUUACAAAGUAACACAGGCGGAGUAAUUGAUAUGCAAAUGGUAAUUUUGGGUGGACAAAUACUCCUCUUAUGGCUUUCUUUAGAAUAUGACGUUUUUUCACGAGGUUAAGACUUCAAACAAUUUCCAAGGUCAAGAACGAACUUUCAGGCUCAACAAAAUCCACGUAGGAGUUCAACUCACACACAUGAAGUGAUUAUACUGUUUGUCAGCCCCUAAAGUAUGUGUCUGGCAAGUUAAAUGAAGUUGUUGUUUUUUCUCGAGAGGUUUUUUAAUGUCUUCCCAUUUCUGAUGUGAUUUAAGAGGUCUUAAGUUCAGUCUCUGGCGCCACCUGAGCUGCUUUGACGAAAAGUUGUAUCUACUGGAAUUCAGACCAUAGUCAGUUAAUAUUUCAGUCCUUUUUAAAGCGAGUGGGCUUACUACUUGAGCCAACAGAAACACAGAAACACUGGGCAUUUUGGUGCAAUGCUGUUGACUCCUUUAUGCCAGAAAAGAUUAGUACAGAAGAAGAUUUUCAGCAUCCAUAAAAACCUGCAGUGCUACUGAAUGUGCAAUACAGUAAUAAUUUAACCAUUUAUUCAUAGUGCAUGCACGUACAGGGUAGUGAGAUAUGAUGUAUCAAUCUGUUAGUAUUACUGUCUUCAUUUCAAUGGUCUGAAUACCAGCAAGUGCUCCCUCUCUUUGCUCUUGCUCCUCCUUUAGUUGUAAAUAAUACGUCACUGAUUAGCCAGAGUGAAAUUUCCAUGUUGAGUGAACAGAAAGGGGCUGACGGAGGAAAGUGCACAUUCUUUUGUUCAGUUCUUUUGUUGUUUUGCCUGAUUAUUUCGUCAAUAUUGUUUUAGUUUGUUUAAAUUUCUGAAAUUCCCCUUUGGUCAGGUCUUCUAUACGGAACAUAUUUUCAUGUCAAGAUUACAGCAUUAACCACAUGUUGACCUUAAUGAAACAAUUUGUGUCUAUUCUGAGUUAUUAGAAAACACUGGUCCAAUAUGUUGUUGUUGUCCAGUGAUAAACUUUUAUCACUAAAGGAUCAGUGUGUUCCUUUAUAGGUGGAUACAACUCACCUAUGUCUUACACGUAAGAAACCAGUUAAAAAGGUUGUUUUUUGUUUUGGAGUCACAGUGACAGUGAUUAUAUUUAGGCUGAUGGUUUCUUUUAAAUGCCAUUUGCAACUGAAAUGAAGGAAAAAAAUAUCAGAUUUGGCUUAAAAAAUAUAUAAUUUGAGCAAAGGCAAUCAUAACUAGCAUGAUUCUGAGAGAUCGUUUUGACUGAUCAUUGUUCAUUAUACAGUCUCCCUUAAACGCUUAAUAAUACGAGCCUGUGUUUUAAAAGGCCUUACUAUUUCAUGGCUAAGUUUUACAUUCAGUGUGCCUUGUUGAAGGGGUAGCAUAUUCAUCCUAUACUGCUCUUAUCAGUAAAAAUGAAUUACAGGAUGAAACUCAGAAUCGUUUUAAUUAGUGAUUGAUAUUUGUCCUUUUGGCUGUGAUUUGCUUGUUUUCAUGUAAUGAAAUGAAGGCUUUCAUUCCACAAAUGUAUUGGUUUGGCAACAUUUUGUUUGGUUGAUUUUAUAUUCGGGGAAUUGUGUCCUUUUUUUGUUUUGGACCGGUGUUUCAUGAUAACCCCUUAUUUCAUUGUCACGGACACAUUAAAAGAGUAGUUCAGCUCAGCAUUUUGGGAACUAUGCUUAUUUGCUUUCUUGCCAUGAGUUAGCAUUAACAUUAGCUUGCCUAUAUGGCAACAGUUAGUAGCAGUAACAGUUAGCUUAGCUUAACAUAAAAGACUGCAAAAGGACUGGCCUGGUGACAUAGGCUGCCCACCAGCACCUUUACAGCACAGCAAUCAACACAUCUUUUUUUUUUUUUUUAAAUCCAUACAGAAAUCCACUAUUCAUACCAUUUAUUUAAAUGGAAAAAAACCUUCAAUAUUAGUAAUUUAACCAGGCACAGUUUCUCCACUAGUUGCACAUAACCCUCUUUAAAGUUUUGUUUCUUUUUAUACUUUGCUUUUGUACAUGAUAAACAAAACAAGAUUAACUCAUGAUGAAAAUUCAUCAAUCUUCUCAUCUCCUCCACAAAGCGAAUUAAGCAUAUUCUCCUAAAAUGUCUGACUUUUACUUUAAUGUGCAGCAGUCCUGUUUGUUCUUAUGGUUUAAUGUUGGAUCACACAUCAAUCAUACAGUGUUGCAGAAUCAGAAGAGCUUUUUCACUAAAAAUGGAACCCAAUGCUGCCGUUUUGUUUUACUUUGAUCAUUUCUGUGUGGAUGUGUGACAGUAUGUAGGCUAAUUAAUUUUCGUGUGUGUGUGAUUCAGUAUGCUGAACUUUGUAUUACUGGAGGCCUAUGAAUGAAUCAGAGCGGCUUCCUUUAAACCUCCUCCUCCCCCAUCCACGAAUAACAGAAUUUAUAUCCCCUGCUUACUUGAGUGAGCAUUAUUAUCGUUGAAGGGUUGUGUAUUUAUAAGCAUUUUGUACUGUAAAGUUGAGGCAUGUAUGUUGAUAUUGAAACUCUUAACAAUGAAACACCCAAGGGAAAAAUCCAGUCAUGCUCAGACACCAUUUACCUGCUGUUUGCUGCCCAGUCUGGCUCAGUGUUACUAAAAAUCCCAGAGGGGCAGUCGGAUUUGAAGAUGCUACCUCCCUGCCCUGCAUCCUCGUACGGAGUAGUUGCUGCUGCAGGAUGCCCUCAGACUGACAUUUACCUUUAGACAUAUUUCACAAAUACUUGACAGCUUCCACUUCCUCUCUCUUAACUCCUCAGUGAAGAGACAAGAUUUCUCAUUCCUACUGUACAUGACUGAGAGGAUAAAUAACUUUGUCCUUUUUUAAAAACACCAGCUCAUAAAUGACCUGAAAGGCAGAAAUGGUUUAGUCAGCACUUACCACUCUUGAUAAAUACCAGUUGCUUCCGUUCCCUCUGCUGUAUGCGUACACAUAAAGUACGGAGAAGUGGAUUUUACUUUAUUUUGAGCCAUUUUCCAGCCUGUUUAUGCUGAUAAGUCCAGAAGAAAUGUUGAGGAAAGGAAAUCAAAGUUCAGACCCUUUUCUCUGCUUUAACAGUCUGUUUCCCUUUUUCCCCCUCUGGUCUGGCAGUUAUGUAGCAUGUACCUGAACCCCUCAUGAAAGACUUGCUGUAUUUCUGUCUGCACAUCUAUUUUUUGCUCUUUCUGUCUUCUUUGGAACAUCAACAUGCUGACUUUGUAAUAAAGGAAUUCUUUGACUUUUGAACGUA